GAACCAGGGGAAAAAAAAAAAAAAAUAAAAGAACAGGGACAGCGGAGGUUUUGUUCCGCUGAAAGUUUUUUUACCCUUCCCACUUUGGUUUUUUGUUUUUUUUUUUUUCCUCCUUCUCUCGCCGCAUUCCGGCUCAAGAGGCGACUCGGCAAAAUGAAAUAUAUUAUAGGUAUCGGAGGGGUCACCAAUGGUGGCAAAACCACCUUGACCAACAGGCUCGUCAAGGCGCUCCCCAACUGCUGCGUGGUCCAUCAGGACGAUUUCUUCAAGCCACAAGAUCAAAUAGAAGUCGGGGAAGACGGCUUUAAACAAUGGGAUGUGUUGGAUUCCUUGGAUAUGGAGGCAAUGGUGAGCACAGUGCGGGCCUGGAUUGAGAACCCAGUGAAGUUUGCCCGUUCGCACGGGGUGAAUGUCACACCUGGCUCUAGAGAGCCAAGCUCCCAAGAUACCCAUAUAUUGGUCAUUGAAGGCUUCCUGCUUUAUAAUUACAAACCUCUGAUCGAGCUGUUCGACCUUCGCUACUACCUGGCAGUGCCCUACGACGAGUGCAAGAGGAGGAGGAGUACUCGGAAUUACACCGUGCCCGACCCCCCGGGCCUCUUCGACGGCCACGUCUGGCCCAUGUACCUCAAACACAGGAAGGAGAUGGAGGACUGUGGGGUGGAUGUGGUUUAUUUAGACGGCCUGAAGUCCAGGGAUGAACUCUACAACCAAGUCUUUGAAGAUAUUCACAACAAGCUCUUAAAUUGCUCAUAGGGUCUGGGAAGAUCCAGAAGAUCCGUGUACAGCGCGAUGUAAAUAAUACUUGGAAGUGGGAAUGGGAGGUUUUUUUGUGUGAACUCCUCUCCCACUGCCCUUUGGCAAGUCCCUUCUGUAUAUAAUUGAAAACUGAGGAUAACUUAUUCCCACCACGUGGACAGGAUUGGCCUCGGUGGGGUUUAUUUUUUAAUUAUUUUAUAUUCCACUGGCUUACAGAGAAGUUGCAAAGAGCAUUUUUAUAGCAGAGCAAGUAGAGCUGGGCUGGGAAAACAAGAGAGCUCCUGCAGACAGAAAGGCUUCGUGCAAGGCUUGUUUGUAACAUCACCAAUUCAGUAAAAAUCUACUUCAGUCUC